AAAAUAUUCAUAGUCAAUUAACUUCCAGUAAUUAUUCUGCUAUAAAAGAUAAAUUACGUGAUUGUGUUCGUUUUUUCUACGGAUAAAAAAAUAAAAAAUGGCUCCAGAUCAAUGUUGCAGUAAUAGCAGGCAGACUCAAAUAGUUUUAGCGUUAAUUGUAAUCGUGGUUAUAUUAAUAAACUUGUUGACCUUUUGGAUAAUGAGUCAAACUGUUUGAACAUGUUCCCGCCAGUUCCCAACAGAAUUCAGUUCCCAUGUCGACCCAGCACUCUGCCAAUUCUGAACCAAGACUGUAUCCCGACAAUAAAUAGUUCGUAAGUUUAAUGAAAAACGUAAACAAUAUCUCGAAUGUGACUGAUUAUAGUGAAAGUAAACAAAUGACGCAAUCAGCGUUUAGAGCGCGAGUGAAAGUGUAGUCUGUGGCGCGCCGCGGCUGAGCGCGAACGUAUCAUCGCAUUUAAAAAAUCAAAACGUCAAAGUCAAGAGUACGCGCCAAAAUAAUUGUCAAGAUUUAGUUUUUUUUGUGAGUGGAGUGAGUUGUGUAGUAAGAAGGUUUCGGCGGUGAAGGCUGUGUUGUUGUAGCUAAACCGCCCCUAUCGCUCGGCCAAUGGCGGGGAGGGUGCCGCCCCCGCGCGGCUCCAUGCCGCAUGUCUGCUUCGCGGUUACGCUCCUGAUACUCGUCGCCGACACUGUAACAUCUCGUCGUCCCGAGCCCUACUUCGGCCGCCUGAUCGGCCGGCUCACACAGUAUGCCCACGGUAUCAGAGGCACCGUGUACGCCGUGGACGAGAGCACAGUCUUUGUACGCGGGUUCGCGUACGACGGGACAGGUCCUGAUGCCUACUUCUGGGUGGGGGACACUCCUCAACCAAGCCCUGAGGGUAUACUCGUCCCCUACCCUGAGGAUUAUACCACAAGGGACCCCCCGAUUCUGUCGGCGCACAGUAACACAGACAUCCUGCUGAAGCUGCCCGGAGGCAAGCGCCUGAGGGACAUCAAGUGGAUCAGCGUCUGGUGCCGGAGAUUCACUGUGAACUUCGGCGACGUGUUCAUCCCUCCGGGUCUGGACCCUCCCCGGCCUCGAGUGCUGCCAGAGUUCAAGCGCCUGGCCCACGGCCUGAGGUCCGGCAACAUUAGUGUGCUGGACGCCAAGACGUUCUACAUACCCAACCUGCACUACGAUGGAGCAGGACCCGACGCCUACUUCUGGGUCGGCAAUGGAUCCGAACCAAAUCCUUUUGGAACUAAGGUCCCCAACGAGAUGGGAUCCCUGAACCCCCUACGCGGUUACCAGGGCGAAGACAUAGAGAUCCAGUUGCCAGGCAAACUGACAGCCUACGACAUCGACUGGCUCGCGGUGUGGUGCGUGGAGUACCGCCACAACUUCGGACACGUCUACAUUCCGAAGGACCUGGACGUGCCGCCCGCUUUAGGACAGACUAAGAUCACUCCCGCUUGGUGGUAUAACCCUACGAGUUCCACGACCUCUCAGUCGCCAUUCAGUGCCACGAACAACUGCAAGGAGAUCCUCGACAAGAGAUUACAAGUGCGCUGGGAGAUACAGGGUGACCAAGUCCAGAUAACCCUCUCUGCUCGGCUCCGCAAGGAACAGUACAUGGCGUUCGGUAUCUCCGGAGCUGAAGGUAGACCGGCCAUGCUGGGAGCCGACGUCGUCGUCGCUUAUUGGGACACCAGGGUGAAUCAGCCUCGCGUGGCAGACUAUUCAAUCAGCCACCUGGCGCAGUGUGACGGAGAGCGCGGAGUCUGUCCCGACCAGAGGAUCGGAGGGACCAACGAUGUGCAACUUGUAUCAGGCAACCAGAAGAACGGUAUAACCACAAUCACGUACCGCCGCCCCCUCGCCGCCAAGGAGUCAGUGAGGGACAAGGAGAUCCUCACGUCCAGGUCGCAGUCAGUCAUCGCGGCCUUCGGACCUCUCAACUCCAGAUACGAAGCCAAUGCCCACUCCUUCAUGGACACCACCAGGAACGAUGUGCAACUGGACUUUGGAGCUCAGAACGAGAACACAUGCAUCGGUCUAGCAGAGACGGACUCGUCGGGCCCGGCGCCCUGGCCGGCGCGCGUCAUAUCGGGCGUCUCCAACUUCACCGCGCGCAUCGGACCCGCCGCCGGCGCACGCGGGUACUCCGCCCUCACUGACAAUGACAUUAGUAACGGAUUCCUUCCAUAUGGUCACCCAUCAUGGGGCAUUGCCUGGUACAUCAACGACCAGCUGAUCCCCGAGCUGUACGUGGAGCGAGGCAAGACUUACACCUUCUUCGUCGAGGGUGGAGACGACCGCACCAACCCUGCCAAGUUCCACCCAUUCUACAUCAGUGACUCGUCGGAAGGAGGCUUCGGCCAGAAGAAAGAGGAAGACCAGAGGAAGCAGCGCGUGUUUGCUGGAGUCGCGUACGAUAACGAGGGAUACCCGUAUCCUACUGCUGUGGGUCGUUACUGCGAGUGGACUCACAAGACUAUCGACCAGUCGGCCGCGUCCGAGACCUUCGAGGAUUACAUGAAGACAGUCCAGCUCGAGUGCAAUGAUGGAGAGCCCGCCGUGCUCAACUGGACAGUGGCGCACGAGACUCCUGACCUCGUCUACUAUCAGUGCUACACCCACAACAACCUGGGCUGGAAGAUCCACGUGGUGGACCCUGGGACGCCAGUCCCGGUGGCCGGGGAGAAGCACGCGCGCAUCAACGGCGGCAGUCUGUCGGCGACGGCCGCCGCGCUCGCACCGCUCGCCGUCGCCGCCGCCAGCCAUCUCGCCAACAGGCUCAGGUAAUGGGAGAACACGCCGACGGGGAUAAUCGACGCGAGAAUAACAUUUACAACAUUUUUUAUCUUUUUACUACCAUUUUUUUAUACCAAACAUCAAUAUAAACACUGUUGUGAAUAUUGUAGAGUAGGACAAUGAUCUUCAAUUUGAAACGAAGACAAUAAUUUUGAAUCUGUAUUCUGUAACGUAAGAUGGCGUAGACAAUAAUAUGUCGAGUCUGUGCACUCGACUGUCAAAUGUGACAAUAAUGUAGAGUAAGCAAAAAAAUAUUAAUACAUAUUUAUAAUUAUAAUAUUGAAAUAAUUUUUACAAUAUUUGAAUUACUAUUAUUGUUCAACAAUUUAUAGACAACAUAUUGUAUUUAUUAGAAUGAUGAUUAUGCAACUUAUUAUAUUGUUGGUUAUUUUUACUUAGAAUAUUAAAAUGAUAUUUAUAUAAAAUUGUCUAGAAACAUUUUAGAUUGGCCUAAAAUAUUUAGGUAUUUAUAUCUAUCUAUACAAUAUUGUUAAUACACAUUCAAAAAUGUAGUAUUCGUCGUUCAACUUUAUCUGUUAUUUUGUGACUCAAGGAAUGGAGAAGACAAUAAGAGUAUCAGAUUAUAUUCGCGUCGAUAUAUCCAAGUGAAGAUUGUGAUAUUGUUGGACGAAUUUAGAAUGUAAAGAGUAUGGAAUUCGCCAGUUUGUACAGGUAUUUAUAAAGAAAUGGGUAAAUAAUGUCAAUCUACGUACAUAAUAUCAAUUUCAUAUCAGAUGUGGAGCGCGAAAGUGCAUUUUUACAAUUUAGGAUUUUGACGAUUAUCUAUUAGCCCUCUUGUAUUUAAGAACCCCUUUAACUUUGAACUCUUUAAGUCCGACCUAAGUAUCCGCUCUGCAUUUAAAAUACCCACCCUACGUAUGUGAAAACCCACUCAAGUAAUGCAUCUAUUUGCAAAAAUACUCCAAGAAAACUUAAACGUAUGAUGAAACUAUAAAAUAUAUGGCAAAACGUAAUGGAAUUUUUAAUAAAUGUAAACUAAUAUCUAUUACAGCAGAGCACAAAAAGUAAAUAAGUACCUAAUGAUCAUAAUCAUUAUGACAAUAAUGUCAAAAUAUCGGAAAAGAUAUCAUUGUGAGGUAUUUUCUAGAACAAUUACCAUAUCUCAGAAUAUCAUUAUGUGAAAAUAAAACGAUUCUCAUUCUCAGGAAAGAAUCAAUACACUACUAUGUACUUUGAUUUUAAAUAACGAGAUCCUUGUCUCCUGUAAUAUUUAAAAUAAGUACUAUUAUGUAUAUUCUGAAAGAUAGAAGAACCACUGAUUUAAGAAAUUAGAAAUUACUGUUUUAUCUUAUUAUAAAUGUUAAAAAAAUGUAUUCACGGAAUUUUACUCCGGCGUAAUGAGACAAUUUUGAAAUACUAUCUUAAUGAAGGUAAAUCUUUAAGAGCUACAAAUGCAAAUUGCAAUGGAAAUAUUGACAAUAAAACGUAACAAUUAUUCGUUUAUUUUGUAAGUAUUCGUCGUGUGCUUGACAAUAACAAAUAUUAUAGUAAGCCAUUUUAUAUAAAAUAAAAGUUAUUUAGAGUAAUCUUUUUCCUAGAGACUAAAGAAUAAUGAAAUGUCGGACAAUAAAUUUCUUCGAAGGUAACUCUAGUAUGUAUGUACGUACAAUAAAAUUAUCACAUUCACUUGCUUCCUGAAUGGACUUUGUUAAUUGACAAUAAAUAGUUAUUAAACUUUUUGGGCUGUUUACAUAAUGUAAAGUGUAAGUAGAGUAAUGUUUCUCAAUGAAUAACGAAAGACAAUAAUUAUUUCGUCUUAUUAAAAUAAGUUCACAACCAGAUACGAUUUACAAUACGUGGUUACUGGUUAAUAUUGAUUUUAAUGGAUUUUAAUGAUUGAAUAGUAUAUCUUGCCUUAAAAUAACUCAGCAAAUAGAUAAAAGCAAUACAGGGUUCGAUCCUUGCAGUGUCGUGAAUAAUAUUUUUAAUUGUUAUGAUCAAUUAAUUUUCUAAAAUCGUUUGUUGUAGAUUAUAUCUGACUGUGAAGAAAUAUGUAUGUAAACUAAAACAAUUAGAUUGUAUUUUACACGUACUUAUAUUAUAAUUUAAACGGCAGGAUAAAAGGCUUUUGCCUUGUCAUUAACAAUCAUAUUUUAUACUGGUAGAACAGUAUUACGUUAACGUAUUUACAUUCCAUUCAUUUCAACUUUAUUUCUUUAUAGAGCGCAUGGUACCUAUUAGAUUUCGAGUAAAUAUGUACCUACAUUAUAAUAUUUUAAACUAACGUGUACCCACUGCCUUCAUCUUGGCAGUAUCAUCAAGUAGAAACAACGUUUUAAAUUUAAAUUUCGUGAAACAACUACUCACGUAGCCAUUGUGAAGUACCUACUUACUCAGCUAAGAUAACUAUGUAUCUACUUAUCACCUUCAGGGUUGUUUUUUAUAAUUGAAUCAAUGUAAUAAUUCCUAAUUCAUGCCCUUAGAUAUUACAUUAUAGAUAGUUGAAAUAAAUACUAUUAUAUUAAACAGUUUUCUGCAGACUGUAUUUUUCAUAGAUUGUGAAAGAAAAACUACUAAUUAAUGUUGCUACAGUGAAAAUUAUUACACUAUUGGUAGGUUACACUGCAAAUUUUAUUUGUUGAAAUACUUAAUUUAUACAGCUUUUAGUAUUUAAUAGUGUUGAGCCUAAAAGGCAUUUUGUUAUAUUUAAUGUUUUAUAUAAACCCAUUUUUUGCUCGUGUAAUUAUACAUUAUUAUUUGAAAAGUAUGUACCAACUACCAACUUGUAUUAUGUUAGGAAAACAUAGUAAGUAAUUAAAAAUCAUUUUACACUUUGUAGUUGUAGAUGUUGAUGCACAAAUUUUUGUUAAACAUAAGAAUUUUAUUGAUAGUUAAUUAAUGUAAUAAUAUUAUAGAUAAUCUUAUACAAAUUUAUACAGUGCAAUUAAUGAUAAAGCCUGCUACAUUGUGUGUAUAUUAUUAAUAUUAAUCUUUUGAUGAUAGACAUAGAGUUUUUAAUUUACACAUUUACAAAUCGUAAUUAUUAAACAAAAAGGUUUAUUAUUUUUUAAGGGUUAAAAUACUGUAUUCGUGAAAUAAACGAGCAUAUCUAAACACGUUAUCAACUUUUGAAAUAUCAUAGAUAUAAAGUUUGACUUGACUUAAAAUAAAAACGCCUGCUGGCUGCUAUUUUGUAAUUAAUGCAUCCAAAUCAUUUGAAGUUCUUUUUGAAUAAUAAAUAGUUUUGGGACCUUUUUAUUUUAUACAUUCCAACUACCUUUAAUGAAAAUUUAACAGACCGGUUUCCCAAGAAAAUAGUAUCUUUUACUGUUUUAAAAAUAUUAUAAUAAAUUACCAGAGCAGUCUUGUAAUAGACUAAAUAUUAUGUAUUAUCAAUUUAUACUUACGACUGCGAGAACAUGGUACAAAUUUGAUUUUUUAAAGCCCUAAUCGACAGUAAUGGCACAUUGAUGUACCUACAUGACAUAAACUCUCAAUGUUUUGACAGGUUGCGUUCAUUUUUCCCUUUAUUUUUUGUGUAUCCCAAAACUGACGCAUCUUUAACAAUGGACAAGAAAAAUAUGAUUUUGAUCAAAUGAAUCAGUGAAUUGUAUAUUUGUUACAAAUAUUGCACAUUUUUAAACUGAAAUGUAACAUAGAGUUUUAAAGCUUUUUAAAAACGCUAUCGCUAUGUGUACAUACUUAACAUUUCAUGAGUCAACAUUGCCGUUAAUAUUGUGUAAUUUAUAAUAAACUUUGACAAUAAAGACCUUUUCCUAAAGUAAA